AUGAAGCCCUUCGUCACCAAGAUGGGAGAGUUUCUUGUCCUGAUGGCGGGCGGCAAUCCGGUGGACUUCAAGGACGUCAUCUGCACGGCGGCCAACUGCAAACAAUUCAACCAUGGCGUCAUCAUUAUGGCCCAGGACAAAGAAUUCCACACCCGCAACUCUCAGAUCACGAAGCUGCUCAAGUACGUCCUGGCCGUUGACAAAGACGACGCACGGCGCCUGCGCGUAGCUGUGAAGACACUCCACAUCGCGCUCGUCCGGGGAGAACAACAAGCUCGCGCCCAUCACGAUACAGUCAUCUCCAACAUCGCACCCAAGGACGUCGCCACUCAACUGAGCGCACAUAUCGUGGGCAGUGCUGAUCCCGAAACGGACUAUCACGUGAGGGAGAUUAAGCUCGGCACAGAUGUCCAAAGCAACGCGCACACAGUGUUCUACCUUCUGCACGAACCCCCACCUGCGAAGAGCCGCAAGCUGCGCAAACUCGCUGACGUCAUCGACACCCCGGACUCGGACAGCCAGGCAGCCCAAGCCGCAACCGGCGGCCGACCCACGACCCUCAAGUGCGAGAAGACAUCGAAGCCCACCCAAAACGCCACAAGUCCCCCGGGCAUCGUCCUCUCCCCCGAUGACGCAGCAACUCCAGGCCCCAACGCCCCCACGAACUACGACCCCACCGUAGACGACGCUCCUUCCCCCCCUUACGAAGCAACCGAAACAUUCGACCCCGAAACCUCCUCCCCUUACUCAGACGUCAAACCCGGGCCCGACGCGCUGUUCCCUCACGCCGCUGCACGCGCGACCGCGGCCGCCCCCAAGGGACCGCGCGGCACUAAAACCCUCUACGGCGACACGUAA